GGUAUGACCUCUGCCCCCGGAUCCCUGAACGCCACGUAUGUUCCCACACGCACACAAACUACACAAUGGCAGGGACCCGGCGUUCACUUUCUCCUACCAUACGGCUGUGCACCGCCUCGGUUUUAGUGUUCUUCUGUGUAGCGUGGAGUCUGACGAACGCGCACGACCAUGGUCACGGGCACGGGCACGGGCAUGGACAUGGACACGCGCACGGGCAUGCACACGCGAACGGGCAUGCACAGGAUGCACACUUGCACGACCAUGGACAUGGCGAACCCACACACGAGCAUUUCUACCACGGCAGCUCCUACCAGGAGAAAGAGGAAGGACAUCAACAUGAACAUCAUCAUCACGAUCAUCAUCAUGACCAUGACCAUGCGCACGAACCAACACACGAACACUUCUACCAUGGAAGUGCAUACGAGCAAGCCAAUGAGCAUGAGCAUCAUCAUCAUCACGAAGAAGGAAGUAAACCCUCCAGCCGUGGAGGAAAUGGACCACAGAGGGACACAAUGACUAUCUGGUUGACAUCCCUGACUGCCACUGCCCUCAUCAGCGCUGCACCAGUCAUUAUCCUCCUCUUCAUCCCACUGGAGGCCAACACUGCGGAGCACGAACCCUUACUCAAGGUGUUGUUGAGUUUUGCCUCAGGUGGCCUGUUGGGAGAUGCCUUCCUCCAUCUCAUCCCACACGCCACGUCACCACACUCACAUGGGGAGGACGAUGGUCACGGUCAUGGUCAUGGUCAUGGUCACUCACAUGGUCACUCUCACGGUCACGGUCACUCUCAUGGUGGUGACCACGGCCACUCACAUGACAUCGGCGUGGGGCUUUGGGUAAUAGCCGGCAUCCUAGCAUUCCUCAUUGUGGAGAAGUUUGUACGGUAUGUAAAGGGGGGACACGGACAUUCCCAUGGUGCAUCGGGGCAUACCCAUAAUGCACCUGCAGAGGAGGAGGACAAGCCCAAGGCAGAGGAGAAAGAGGGCAGUACUGAUGAUAAGGAGGGGGAGGGAGAAACUGAGCUCAGAAAAAGGAAAAGCAGCAAAGGAGAUGGAGAGGAAACUUCAGAAGAGAAAGAUGGAGAAGUCAAGAAGGAGGAGGAAGACACAGAUGUUGAAGAGCCUGUUCAGGACAUCAAGAUAGCCGGGUACCUGAACCUGGUGGCUGACUUCUCGCACAACUUCACGGACGGGAUGGCCAUCGGGGCGUCGUUCCUGGUGGGGCGCGGCCUGGGGAUCAUCACCACCCUCACCAUCCUCCUACACGAGGUGCCACACGAGAUCGGAGACUUCGCCAUCCUCGUGCAGUCAGGCUGCUCCAAGAAGAAGGCAAUGCUUCUCCAAUUCAGCACAGCGACUGGUGCCAUGGCUGGGACUGUGUUCGGCCUCCUAGCAGGCGGAGGCGGUGCUACAGCAACCAUAUGGAUCCUACCAUUCACAGCAGGGGGGUUCAUCUACAUCGCCACGGUUUCAGUAAUACCAGAACUGUUGGACGGCCGCUCCAGUAUCUGGCAAUCCUUCAAAGAGAUCGCAGCCCUUCUAGUUGGGGUGUACAUGAUGGUUCUGAUUGGGGAGUUAGAGGAAAUGUAGUGAUAACAUGUAUUGUGAAAGGAUAGUUCUCUUACUUAUGGUACUUAUUGUGUAUUUUUCCUUUGUUCAAUGUAACACCAGUAGAGUUCCUGCACUCUGAGCCUGAGCAACUUGUGCAACUUGUCCCCAAUGAUAUACGUACCACAUCUAUUGCAGUAAAAACACCAGAUAUUCUUUGUGUAUUUAUUGCUGUAAAA